UAGAGGGAAUGGAAAUGUUUUUCGUUGCUUUUUUCCUUUCUCGCUAUUGAGAUUCCCCAAUCGAUCAUGGAGCAAUAAAUUAGGAGCUGCAUGCUAAUGAAGUGCUCAUUUAAGCGUGGCGUUACACGCAGCUUCCUCAGAAUUUCUGCGGCUCUUGCAAGGGAAAGGCUUUCCGGGAUAUUGGCAGUUAAAGGAAACGCUCUUGUCGAAAAACAAUGAAUCUGAGUUUGUACCUAUUGUUGCUGGCGGUAUUUGCAGCGGUGGCCUACGCGGCGACGUCUUGCAACGCGCCGGGGCUUGCACGGUACGUAGUGCAAUACAGGGGAGAAUGGACAAAGGCCAAGUUUCCAAAAAUGUUCCCACUACGAAGACCUUAUGGCCCUGCCUCCUGGUCCAAAAUGAUGGGUCGCUCCCACGAUAGCACAUACAGCAUGUGGCAUUUGGGACAAUUCGCAAACAACGGACUGAAACAGUUUGCCAAAUCCGGCGCUACUGCGAUUUUGGACCAGGAUCCUCAAGGCCAGAAGGGCAUAUUCGAUGUAUUCACUGGCCCCAGGCUCCCCGCCGGCACAGGUGUCUCCAGAACCAGCUUCUUUGUUGACGGAAAGCACCCAAGUGUUUCCAUCGUGAUACGAAUGAUUCCCAGCCCAGAUUGGUUCGUGGGCGUAGACAGUCUUGACCUAUGCGAAGGUGACCAAUGGAAGGACAAGGUGACCAUUCAGCUGAACCCCAUCGACGCUGGGGUGGACAAGGGACUGACCUUUACCUCACCAGACUGGCCCAGCAAGGAGAAGAUUUCAGAGAUCACCAGCAAGAGCCCGAGCCACCCUGCAAGCCCAUUCUACUAUCCCAAGCUGAACAAGCUACCACGAAUUGGAACCUUGACGUUUGAGAAGGCUCCCAUCGACAUCUCAGAUGUUGAUAACCUUAGCGAUCUGCUUGAUGACAAUGACUACGUCGAGGAAGAGGGCACAUCCACGCCCAUAGAUUGCGAGGUAGCAGACUGGGGCAAAUGGGGCCCAUGCCAGGGCAAGUGUAAGACUGGCAGGAAGAUCAGGUACCGUGUCGUCGUGCAACCCGCCAUGAACGGAGGCGCUGAAUGCCCCACGCUGAGUGACGAGGCGUGAAGACCAGGACACUAGCAAGAUCAGAAAUCCAAGGUUUCUCUCAAUGUCGCCAACUUCCACGGACGCUAUAUACAGCUAGAAAUGCUACGUUCAGAGCUUGAGAUUUUAAUAAUAUGUUUAUCUACGUCUUGUCGCCAGAGGCCUUAUAACGAAGUAAGAAGUCAGUGACAUUUCUAUGUCCGUAAGGGCUCAGUUCUACAUUCAUUUUUAUGUCAGCAAGUGGUGUUUGGCUCAAAUCAUCAAACUGCUUGAUGUCUGUGUCUUGGUAUGCACCAUAUAUGCCUUUUUGGAGAGCUACAGAUAAAACUAGCAAAAAGUAAAAACAUUACACGUGUAAAUAAUACAGAGCAAAGAGUCAAUGAAUGUAACUUAAACAACUAUUUUUCUGUCGUUCGUUCUGCACUUAUUGGUAUGCAUAUGAUGUUAAAAACACGACGCGCCACGCAAUCCUGAUCAUUGGAAAUACAUAUAGGCUUAUUGCAGUUCUUUCAUGUUGACAGCAUGUUAUGUUAUCUAUGUAGUGUCAGGGAAUGCUUUCAUUAAAUCAUUUCAGAUAACUUUGGUGACUUUGGUACUGAU